GCUAGUUUGGCACUUAAAUUCCGGCCAAAGAGGCUCAAUUCUCUUCGGAGACCAAAAGUCUUGUAAUCAAGAAAGGGAUUACACACAGAGUUAACUCAAUUCACCUGAAAAACAAUCCAACGCGAUGGCCCCCAAAGUUCUAAUGGUAGCAGAGAAGCCUAGCAUCGCUCACUCAAUCGCAACUGCACUCUCUGCUGGUCAAAUGUCGAGUCGGAGGGGGAGUACGGAGGUGCAUGAGUUUGAAGCUAUGUUUCAAGGGUUUAAAGCGCAUUAUAAAGUGACGUCUGUCAUUGGUCAUGUUUUCAGUGUAGAUUUUCCAGCCGCUUAUCAAGAUUGGACAGCAACGGACCCUCUUACACUUUUCCAAGCACCUGUGUUGAAGACAGAAUCAAAUCCAAAGGCUCAUAUCCGUAAACAUUUAAGUCAAGAAGCUCGUGGCUGUGGACAUUUAGUAUUAUGGUUAGAUUGUGAUCGUGAAGGAGAAAAUAUAUGUUUUGAAGUCAUUGACUGCACUGGAUUUCAUACAACCGAUGACAGAAAAAUUUAUCGUGCGCGUUUUUCUUCUGUAACUGAAAAAGACAUUAAAAAGGCAAUGAACAACCUUGUUGCACCCAACAGAGACGAGGCCUUGGCUGUCGAUGCUCGCCAGGAAAUAGAUUUGAAAGUCGGCGUUGCAUUUACUCGAUUUCAGACCAGCUAUUUCCAAGGAAAAUACGGAAAUCUUGAUUCAAGUGUUAUCUCCUAUGGGCCUUGCCAAACUCCUACACUUGGAUUUUGUGUGCAACGUUACCUUCAAAUAAAUACAUUCAAGCCAGAAAAGUUUUGGGCCGUGCAUCCUUACAUUAUUCACAACGGAUAUGAGCUUAAGUUAGAAUGGGAGCGUAUCAGAUUGUUUGACCCGGAUGUUGCAGAGAUGUUUCGAGUUUUAAUAGUGGACGAUGGACUUGUUGAAGUUACUGGCAUUUCAGAAAAGCAGGAGACCAAAGUUCGCCCUUCUGGCCUUAAUACAGUUAACCUUUUGAAGGUUGCUUCAAGUUCGUUAGGCUUUGGUCCUCAAUUAGCUAUGCAACUAGCUGAGCGUUUGUAUACUCAAGGUUUUAUCAGCUAUCCACGUACUGAGAGCACUGCGUAUCCUUCAUCAUUUGAUUAUAGAGGAGCACUAGAAGUACUAAAGAACAAUUCAGUUUUUGGUUCUCAUGUGCAGACGCUACUAGCUAAUGGCUACGUCAAGCCACGCUCAGGGACUGAUGUAGGUGACCACCCUCCCAUAACUCCAAUGCGGUCAGCUUCGGAGGAUAUGCUAGGAUAUGAUGCUUGGAGAGUAUACCAGUAUGUCUGUCAACAUUUUCUUGGUACCUUAUCUCCUGAUUGCAAAUAUAUCAGAACCAAAAUUGAUUUUUCAGUUGCUGGAGAAUCCUUUUACUGCUCAGGGCAGAAUGUUACAGUUAAAGGAUUCACAUCACUCAUGCCCUGGUUGGCAGUAAGUGAGAAAAGUCUUCCUCGGCUUUCUAAAGGGGAGAAAAUAGAACUUACAAAAGUUGAGUUGUAUGAGGGAAACACAGCGCCUCCAGACUACCUUAGUGAGAGUGAGCUGAUCUCCUUAAUGGAGAAGAAUGGAAUUGGGACAGACGCAUCAAUUCCUGUACAUAUUAACAACAUUAGUGAACGGAAUUACGUCCAGGUACAGGCUGGAAGAAGGUUGAUUCCAACUGCCUUGGGUGUCAGCUUAAUAAGGGGCUACCAAUGUAUUGAUCCAGAUCUUUGUUUACCCGACAUUAGGAGUUUUAUAGAGAAACAGAUAACCCUUGUGUCUAAAGGCCAGGCUGACUAUUCUCUUGUUGUGCGGCAUGUACUAGCCCAAUUCCAGCAAAAGUUUAGUUACUUUGUGAAGAAGAUUGAAAACAUGGAUUCACUGUUUGAAGCACAGUUCUCUCCACUUUCUGAUUCUGGACGCAUGCUUAGCAAGUGCGGGAAAUGUCUGAGAUACAUGAAGUACAUAUCUAGCUUGCCAUCACGGCUAUUCUGUGGUACAUGUGAGGAAGUAUAUUAUGUUCCUCAAAAGGGCACAAUCAAGCUGUACAAGGAAAUAACUUGUCCUCUGGACAACUUUGAGCUUUUAAUAUUUUCCAUGGCUGGUCCAGAUGGCAAAUCUUUCCCUCUCUGCCCAUACUGUUAUAACAAUCCUCCGUUUGAAGGUAUAGACACAUUAUUUGGUGCCAGCAAAGCAGGCAGUACUGGCAAACUGGGUAAAGGUGCUGGCAUGCCGUGUUUCAUGUGUCCUCACCCUACCUGCCGGCAUUCAUUAAUUGCGCAAGGUGUUUGUGCUUGUCCAGAAUGUAGUGGGACACUUGUCCUCGACCCUGUCAGUGCUCCUAAAUGGAGACUUUACUGCAACAUGUGCAAUUGCCUGGUUUUCCUUCCUGAAGGUGCUCAUCGGAUAACCACAACUCGAGAACGCUGUGUGGAAUGUGAAUCCACUAUCUUAGAAGUGGACUUCAAUAAGAAAACAACACCUUUAAAAGAUGGAGCCACCUUGUAUACUGGGUGCAUUCUUUGUGAUGAUCUGCUGCACUCCAUGAUUGAGAUGAAGCAUGGAAAAUCAUUUUUUAAACGGACUGGAGGAAGGGGAAGAGGGAGGGGCAGAGGGAGAGGACAUAGCUCAAGAGGAAGAGGUGGCAGGAAACUACAGGAUCCAAAAAUGAGUUUUCGAGAUUUUUGAUACUAACCUUUAGAACUGUAUCGUAAGUUGUAUCAUAUGUAUCUUUUAAUUUAAGAAUUUUGAAAUCUUAGUUAAUUUUUUGAAAUUGAACUUUCAGCAACAUGCAUCGUAUUGAAUGUACCUUUUGCAGUCGUGCUAUGAGAAAUUUGUGAUAUGAGCUCCAUUCUAGCAACCGUUUACAAGCA